UUCACUACAUCAUCCCGCGACUCGUAGUCCGACUCGCCACCUUUAUCUUUGUUCUCGACACCUCGAGUUGACUUUCCCACUUCACAACCAACUCCGUUCCCUCAGCUUCCGACGCGCAACACCCUUGCCACACGUGCGCAUCGUGCCAGCUUUCUCUUUCUCUUUCCCCUGCAGCAACAGGACAGGUCGCCUUUGCAUCUCUACAUAGCAAUAGAACUGUUGCGCUUCACUCUCUUCAUCACUCACGCCUUCGUCCUACCUUCUGCGCCUUUGCCUCACUGGUUUGUCGCUUUGAGUGUCUGCCUGAGUGAGAGAGCCGUUCAACUUCGCACUUGUCGGACCCGGGUGGUCGACUUGCAACUAUGGCGUCUUCCGUAUUUUACAAGUUCAAGAACUCAAAGGAGCCCGAACGCAUCGUGUUCGAUGGCACUGGCAUCUCGGUAUUUGAGUUGAAGCGAGAAAUCAUCACGGCCUCUGGUCUCGGCGACGGCACUGACUUCGACCUCCACAUUUAUCCUGAGGACUCGCCCAAGGAAGAGUAUGACGAUGACACCACGAUAAUUUCGAGAUCGAGCACUGUCAUCGCAGUCCGUCGGCCGGCCGCUCGAGGCCAUGGCCGAGCUGCCCGCUACGUCUCCGGUCGCGCCCCCGUCCGAGCUAUCAAGAAAGCCGACACCACCAAACCCAUCACAACAGCGACCGCUGGUAUAGGACUGUCAGAGGCAGAUGCAGAGGCUGCUUUCCUGGCAGAGUCGGCACAGGCUUGGGACCAGCAGAAAGAGGCUUUGUCACACGCAAAACCUGUAUAUCACAAGAAGAAGCCCGUGAAUAUCCCAACACAUGAUCCGCCGCCUGGAUACAUUUGCUAUCGAUGUCAGAAGAAGGGUCACUGGAUCCAAGCUUGCCCCACUAACGACGACCCGGAUUUCAAACCUGUGCCUCGCGCCAAGCGCACUACCGGAAUUCCUCGGUCGUUCCUGCAGACUAUUGCUAAACCGACUGAGGACGAAUUGGAGGAUAGUCGUGGGAUUAUGUUGAAUUCGGAAGGAGAGUAUGUGAAGGUACUGCAGGAUGAGAGGACAUGGAAGAAGUUUCAGGAGAAGGCCAACGCAUCCAAGGCUCAGGCUGCGAACGUUGAUGCCGUCAAUAAGGAGAUUCGGGAGCGCGGACUUGAGUGUUCUAUCGACAAGCGCUUGUUCGUGGAUCCGGUGCAGACCCCGUGUUGUAGCACGACAUAUUGCCAUGACUGCAUUGAGAAUGCACUGGCAGAUGGGGAUUUGGUUUGUCCAAACUGUUCAACGGAGGGAGUUCUCAUUGAUGAUCUCACUGCUGAUGAGGGCAUGGUGGAGAAGAUCAGGGCCUUUGAGGCCGAGAAGGCCAAGGAGAAGGUGGAGAAGGAACAGCAGGCAAAGGAUGAUGCGAAAGCGGCUGCGAAACCCUCUUCUCCCUCUAACAAUGAAUCUGUUUCUGUGCCUCACUUUACUGAUGAGACGGCAAAGGCUAGCAAGGCUUCCGCGUCAGGUGCCGGUGGAAACAAUUCGGAUACUGACACCUCUUCGGUAUCCAAGAAACGGAAGAGUCCUCCCAGCGAGAUCAAGCCUCCAACAGCUCCUAAGGCCAUGCGAGCACAGAAGGAGCAGGCUGCUAAAGCAGAACACGAUCAAAUGUCUGCCCUUGAGAAACAAUUUUUCCAAAACAUGGCCGAGCUAAAGGAUAUGCCAACAUUGGUGCCUCCCGUCUCAAUGGGCAUGAGCAUGGGGAUGCCCAUGAAUCCGAUGAUGGGAUACGGUGGUGGCUGGAAUCAGAAUCAGAGUCAGAAUCAAUAUGCUGGCAACAUGGGCUACCAACAAAACAUGCCCAACAAUGCAGCCCCAUUCCCGAAUCAACAGCGAACCGUCUUCUCUGAACAACCAAACGAGAAGGAUGCGUAUGAACGCAAGCCUCUCAACCCCCAGCGUAGCCAGAAUCGGAAUCGGAGGCAGCGUCCCACAGAUUACCACUACGUCUGA